AUGGCGGCAGCGCAACGGCGGCGGCGGGCUUCGAGGGGGCGGCCCAGACAGCGUCCGAGGUUGCCGGGUCUGCGGGUGGUACGCUGGCGACGAGCAGCCCCGUGGCGGCGGGCAUUGUGGCUUCUGGCCGUGGGAACCUCGCUGGGUCUGCUCCUGGCGUGGUCGUCUAAUCGGCUUCUGCAUUGGCUGGCCUUCCCGUCUCACACGACGGUGCGCACCGAGUGGAGCCGUCAGCUGGCCUUCCCUACCGUCACGUUGUGUAACAAUAAUCCGCUCCGUUUCCCGCGCCUCUCCAAAGGCGACCUCUACUACGCCGGCAACUGGCUCGGCCUUCUUCUGCCCAACCGGACGGCGCGGCCGCUGCUUGCUGAGCUCCUGCACGCCGAGCCGGAGCGCCUGCGUUGGUUCGCCAAGUUGGCCGACUUCCGGCUCUUCUUGCCACCGCGCCACUUCGGCGGAAUCAGCGAAGAGUUCGUCGAUCGCCUCGGGCACCGCCUCGACGACAUGCUCCUCUCCUGCAAGUUCCGAGGCGAAAUGUGCGGCCCGCACAACUUCUCUGCCGUGUUUACGAAAUAUGGGAAAUGCUACAUGUUUAACUCAGGCGAAGAGGGGCAUCCACUGUUGACCACGUUUAAGGGUGGGACAGGAAAUGGACUGGAGAUAAUGUUGGACAUUCAGCAAGAUGAGUACUUGCCAAUAUGGGGUGAAACAGAUGAAACAACAUUUGAAGCAGGAGUCAAAGUCCAGAUCCACAGUCAGUCUGAGCCGCCAUUUGUUCAAGAACUUGGGUUUGGUGUGGCACCUGGUUUCCAAACUUUUGUAGCCAUGCAAGAACAAAGGCUGACAUACCUUCCACCUCCAUGGGGUGAGUGCCACUCCUCAGAUUUCGGCCUGGAGUUUUUUCCCAUCUAUAGCAUCACUGCAUGCAGGAUCAGUUGUGAGACCCGCUACGUGGUAGAGAAUUGCAAUUGCAAAAUGGUUCACAUGCCAGGGGAUGCUCCAUUUUGUACACCGGAGCAAUAUAAGGAGUGUGCAGAGCCUGCACUAGUGCUUCUCGGUGAAAAGGGAAAUGAUUAUUGUGAGUGCCAAACCCCAUGCAAUUUGACCCGUUACAACAAGGAGCUGUCCAUGGUUAAGAUCCCCAGCAAGACCUCAGCUAAAUACCUUGAGAAGAAGUUUAACAAGUCAGAGAAAUAUAUCUCGGAGAAUAUACUUGUACUUGAUAUAUUCUUUGAAGCUCUUAACUAUGAGACCAUUGAGCAGAGAAAAGCAUAUGAAGUGGCAGCAUUACUUGGUGAUAUUGGGGGUCAGAUGGGUCUUUUUAUUGGUGCUAGUAUCCUCACUAUUCUGGAAAUAUUUGACUAUAUUUAUGAGCUGAUCAAAGAGAAACUGUUUGAUCUUCUUGGCCCAGAGGAGGAGGAAGGAAGCCAUGAUGAGAAUGUGAGCACGUGUGAGCCCUUGUCAAACCACUCUGAUCCCACAAGCCACACUGUGACAGUCCCACUGCAGACAACACUUUGCACAUUGGAGGAAAUUGUGUGCUGACAAUGCUUCUCAGCACUAUGGAUGGCAGAACCUACAAAAGCCAGGGAAUCCUACUCAGGCUCACUAACAGGGUGGGGGAAACCACUGAGGAAUUCGCUAUGCAUCCAAUUGUUCUCUUUCUCUCUUCUUGUCAAAAUCAGUGAAAGAUUUCAUGGACUCAGUUGCAUCAGCCUGUCCUACCAGGAUGAGUGGAGGAGGGUGUAGGAACGGGCAAGAUUUAUCUCCACCAGCGGACAACACAUCUCAGUUUCUGAAUUGGAGAAGUGUGAUGACCAAGGAACCAUUCUUUCAUAGACAGCCUACAAGUUAUACAAAAGAAGCCUGCAUGCCAGUCCUUUUGAUGGCAGUCUCUCUUUUUCCUUACAAGCCAUGUCUCCAUCCAACAACUGCUCCCUUUUUUUUUCUUUUGCCUCAACAAAAAUGGAGGUCAUGGCACAGACUUUCCUGCUCAAGAGUUUAUCAUUAUUUAACAACAUCACUGCUGAGUUAGAAACAAGCAAUGGUACAUUUUCGAGGGUCACCAUUCUUUUUUGUUGUAUGCUAAAUGUGAUAGGGUCUCAAAAGUUCUGGUCAAAUCGCUGGGUGAGCCAGAUCUUUGAUGACCAAGGUGAGCAUGCUCAAAUAGAAUGGCUCACCUUACGUACCAUUAUAGACCACUUCUUAAAUGCAGGCACUCACGAACGCACCAGCCCCAUUGACACUAGUUAGCCAUACAGCUACUGUCUUGUCUAGAUUGGCGUGUAAUGCAACAUAUGUGUGUCCCAGAAUUGGGGGAGGUGGGGUCCAGUUACCUUUCUGACUUGCCCUGCUUCCUCAUUCUUAACAGCACUAUUAAAGGUGAUCUUGUGGAAGGGGAUAAACUGUCAUUUUGGCUUAUUCCAACUCUGUGGGUGUUUUACUAAAACUUGGGAACUAUCAGCAUUAAAAAGAGUUUAAAAAAACAAAAUAUGUCCUUUUAGGCUAUUUAUAAGCAAUGUUUUAUCAGUUUCCAGAGUGAUAACUCUGGUGGGUUGUAGAAGUCGUAUUGCAGACCAUUGACUGGGCCCAAAUCUUUGGUUUGCACAAUACAUGUAAAAUAAUCACACAAACUUUAUUCAUACAACAUAUUAAGUCACAACAUGUAUGGCUAGUUUACAGUUCAGAGUAUGAUGUGCCCAAUCAGCCUGUUAAAGUAAACCACACAAUUUUUAUGGGCUAUAUUUUAUAAUAUCUCUAUAAUAUUAUCUUGAGAUAGAUUAUACAGUAUAUCCAUUUCUAGAAUUAGUAGUUAGUGAGGCCAAAUGGAAACUAAAUGCAGAAGAUUCAAGCAAUUAUAAUUAUGUGGGUAGUUAUUUGCACAUUUGCGUAGAAACUCUGUAUCCUAAUCCUAUGCCAUUGUUUAUGUAUCCUAAACAAUGGCAUAGGUGAUAUCGGAAGCUAAGUAAUAGAUCAUUCAUGUUAUGAAUGAUGC